AUGGAGCCUCCCCUUUCACGAGUUCCGAGGCGCUGGACCGCCGAAGAGGACCGCAUUCUGAGGGAAGAAGCCAACUAUCAACGUAGGUGGAACCGUCCCCAUCCGAUUGGCGCCGACGAAUUGUCGAGGCUGAGUGUGACCGAUCGAGUAGUUGCCAAUGGCUCGGUGAGGGACUGGAAUAAGAUUGCGGCAAAACUCCCAGGGCGGAUGAAUAAAGAUUGUCGGAAGAGAUGGAGCAAGAUAUCGGAGAAUAUUAAAAAGGGGAACUGGGAUCCAGGAGAAGACGCUAAACUCAGAGAGGCCGUCACGGUAGUGGGUACACGGUGGACCCAAGUUGCUGAGAUGGUAGGCACUCGACAUGCAGAUCAAUGUGCAAAGCGCUGGACACAAUGCCUCGACCCCAAUAUUGACCACAGCGACUGGAAGGAGGAAGAAGACAAUCGGUUGCUGGCACAAGUAGCUGAGACUGGUCGAGACUGGCGAAAGAUUGCCGAACUGUUUCCCGGUCGCACCAAGCUGGGUCUCAAGAAUCGCUACACUGCCCUCCGGCGCCGAUUGCAUUCUCACCAAGGCAAGCCAGGGACCAAUGAUAGACGUGCUCCCUCCGGAUCUGCCAGUUCUUCACAAGUCCUCCAGUCAGCCACCGACAAGUUGAUGCAAAUGUCGGACGGUCUGCCCUCCAGUGAAGACGAAGUUUGUCAAUCAGCAUGUUCGACAAGGCCGAUAUCCCGUUCGUCGAUGAGGAGCAGGAGAUCACCACACCAAAGCAGCGCUUUCAAUAUGGGUGUAGAAUCGUCGCCUGGGAUUGGAGGGCAAACCGGACAUUCAGGAUCCGAUGGAUUUUUCUCGUAUUUGCCCCCCUCGGCGGCGAAUCAGAAUUACGGGUAUGAUCGCCGGGAUUUGAGCAGUUCAAUGCUCAGUCAAGCCCACUUCUCGACCAUGAACCCUUCCCAUAUGGAAGAACCCAUGCUGACGCCACGAGCCAACUUUUUACCAUCUUCUCUGUAUGAUACGUCGUUCCCUCUUAAUUCGUCGAAUCUUUCCAACGAGUGGCUAUCCGGGUCGUCGUCAAAUCAAAAUAUUGGGAGCAGUUUUCCAUUCCCUCAUGGAUUUGACUGUUCACCACUGGGAGGAGGAAACAUAGAUCCAUCAUAUCAGUCAGCGCAGCCUUCGUCGAGGAAAACCACGAUCGUCCUCGAGGAUAUUGAAGAAACGACAUUGAGCAAGGUCAUGAACAUUUUGAUUCAGGAGAAAGCGAAAGUAAGGAUGGAGACGACACAUUCAGACCGUCCCACAGAACAUAGAUAG